AUGAUAAUUCAUUAUUACUGCUGCGGGCAGAGUUAUAUUUGACCAUGAAGAACUAUGAGCAAGCGUUCCAGGAUGCCAGUGCAGUCUGUCAGAAUGAACCUCUCUUGAUUAAGGGACAUCAAGUAAAAGCUCAGGCUCUUUCUGGAUUGGGAAGAAGUAAGGAAGUGUUAAAGCAGUUUCUCUACUGCCUCGCUCUAAAUCCUGAGUGUAACUCUAUGAAGAAAGAAGCACAGAAGGUAAUGUGUGAAGUGCUGUUUUCAGCUACAGAAAAUGUGCAUGAAAAUUUAACAUCUUCCAUCCAAAGCAGAUUAAAGGCUCAGGGUCACAGCCACACGAGUGCCCAGGCUCUGCUGGAAAAAGGGGAUGCAGGGAGCUCGGAGAAUUCAUCUGAGAAAUCUGAUAUGCUUGGAAAUACCAAUUCUUCAGUUUUGUAUUUUAUACUGGGUCUACACUUUGAAGAGGAUAAAAAGGCGUUAGAAAGCAUCCUUCCAACAGCACCUAGCGCUGGCUUAAAGAGGCAGUUUCCAGAUGAUGUGGAGGAUGCACCUGACCUGAACGCCCCUGGAAAAAUUCCCAAGAAAGAUCUCUCACCUCAAAGGAGCCCAAACUCUGAGACAGAAGAAAGUCAGGGGCUCUCGCUUGAUGUAACUGACUUUGAAUGUGCCCUCUGCAUGAGGUUGCUCUUUGAACCUGUCACUACGCCCUGUGGACACACAUUUUGCCUAAAAUGCCUUGAGCGCUGCCUUGAUCAUGCCCCACACUGUCCUUUGUGCAAAGACAAACUUUCGGAAUUAUUGGCAAGCAGGAACUUUAACAUAACUGUUCUGGCCGAAGAAUUAAUAUUUCGAUAUUUGCCGGAUGAAUUGUCUGAUAGGAAGAGAAUUUAUGAUGAAGAAAUGUCAGAACUGUCAAAUCUGACCAGAGACGUCCCCAUCUUUGUGUGUGCCAUGGCCUUCCCCACGGUCCCAUGUCCACUCCACGUCUUUGAGCCCCGCUAUCGGCUUAUGAUAAGAAGAUGCAUGGAAACUGGCACCAAGCGAUUUGGCAUGUGUCUAUCUGCUGAGCAUGCAGGGCUUUCAGAAUAUGGAUGCAUGCUGGAGAUUAAGGACGUGAGAACGUUUCCCGAUGGAAGUUCUGUUGUAGACGCGAUUGGCAUCAGUCGGUUCCGAGUGCUUAGCCACCGUCACAGAGACGGCUAUAACACAGCGGACAUUGAGUAUCUUGAAGAUGAAAAGGUGGAGGGUCCAGAGUAUGAAGAACUUGCCGCUCUCCACGAUUCCGUGCAUCAACAGUCUGUUUCCUGGUUCGCGUCUCUCCAGGAUCGCAUGAAAGAACAAAUUUUAAGUCAUUUUGGGGUAAUGCCAGACAGAGAACCGGAGCCUCAGAGUAAUCCCAGCGGCCCUGCCUGGUCCUGGUGGAUCCUGGCCGUGCUGCCCCUGGAGCGCAAGGCUCAGCUGGCCAUCCUCGGCAUGACCUCACUCAAAGAGCGGCUCCUUGCCAUCCGACGGAUAUUAGUCAUCAUCACGCGUAAGAUGAAUAGUCGGCAAGAGCUGGCUAAUGCCAGGGAGAGAAAUAAUUGAUUUUUCUCUCUGUCAAGGUUUCUGGAAGCCCUUGUACUUUUAUAAAUGUCAGGCAUGGACGAAUAGCCGUCCAUUCAUUGUGCUUUGUCAAGUGCUUGUGGAUAAGGUUCCAAAAUGGAACGCUUGCCAAACAUUGAGUCCUCAAAAAUGACAAUUCUGUGUCUGGUGGGAUCUGAUCUUGUACAAGGUUAGCCUGAAGUCUGAAUGGAGCCCAUAGAUGGGAAAAAAAAAGACCUAAGAAAAUCUCUUGGAAGCAGGUGCUUGGGGAAUGCAGUUCACUGACAGCACAGGACCCUGCAGAUAGUUUACAUGUGGUUUAGGUUUCACGAGAAAGAAGGAUUCCCUUCCCAGUCAGUAUCUUGCUCUGCCAGAUGGUAAAGGCAUGCUUUAGUGUGUAGGCAAUAUGGGGAACCACGUUUUUAUCUGAAAGUGGAUUUCUUAGAACACAGGCUAACCAAAACUACGCUUAGGCUUUGCGUGUUGCUGUGAAGUUGUCUGUGAAAUUGAAUAAUCACACCAUUGUUCAGUGCAGGAGCCCAAACUAGUCCUUACCCAAGAAGUAGUAGCCACCGGAUAGAACUGUGUUUAAUGUCCUGUUGUAGUCCCAGGUGUUGUGAAUUGCAUGUUGUAAUCAAAUGAAUGUCAAAACAUAAGAAAGUGUACCUUCGAUAUAGAAAAACCUGAGAACAGUAUAGUUCACUGGAGGAGAUAUAUAUAUAUAUAUUUACACACAAUAAAGUGAGCAAAAGUGAGUUAAAAUUGUA